UUAAGACGUUGAGCUGUUAGAGUAGCGGGGAAGCUCAAGCCCUUAGUCUCCCGUCACCCGUCGAGGACUGCUGCAGGUGCGAAGGCUGACGGUCCAAUGACGUAUAGAUCACAGCCCCACAGUUGGAUCCUUGUUGGACCCUGAAAUGACCCUGAGUUCUUCUGUUGGAACCUGACUCGCCCAACCAAGCUGCAUUUUGACCCCUCACUUUGACUCUGUUUCUGCUCACGGCGAGUCAAUCAUGACCCUGGCAACUUGCAUACGGUAGCAAAUGUCGUUCUGCCCCAAUGGCAACAGAGGCGGACGACGACGGCGGCUUAGCACCACUCUGUGAUUCCAUACAUCACCGAGUCAGAUCAAGACCUCGAGGUCGGUUGCGAUCCACGGACUUGCAAAAUGGAUCACAGGUCUCGAACCGCUUUGCCGGUAGAAAGGCGUACACGUUACUCUGUGUCGACGCCCACAUUAUUAACCUGAGAUUAAUGAGCAAAAUCUGCGAGAAAUGGGGACAGCCUUGCGAAACGGCCCGGAAUGGUCAAGAGGCGGUCGAGAUAUACAAGCGCGAUCCGGAUCGAUUCAGAUGUAUCCUCAUGGAUGUAACGAUGCCAGUGGUGGAUGGUUUUGAAGCGACGCGCCGCAUACGCGAAUUCGAAGAGGACUCGUGGGCUUCUUUUAUCGCCUCACAAUCUCAAGACAUCCCUACGAAGCAACCUACAAGCUCGCAAUUCGAGUAUUCUUCCUCCUCGUCGAGCUCAUCAGCGCCGCAAGUUCCGAACGGUAAACCCGUCCGCCGCGUCGUCGUUAUUGCCCUAAUGGCAUCCUUGGUUUCGCUAUCGCCCGCCACGAUCGCAGAGACGGGUUUCGACUUAGUCAUGCGCAAGCCGAUUCAUCUCAAGACGAUGGCCGAUCUGCUAUUUGGUGCCCCUGAGACAAACGUGGUCAGUCUGUAUGGCGGUGUGAGCGAGACAGCAUUACGGGAGGCUGGUUAUCCGCUGAGGAUGGGAGUCUGGCACCCGAGAAGAGAUCCAGAACCUCGUGAGGCUAUUCUCGGAUCUUUUGGUGACAUGUGAGAGUUAGCAUUAUCCCACUUAUGCGGCUCGAAUCCGACUGGGACAUAUGACGUGACACUUUAUAUAUAUGGGGUCGGUGGGCUUCUCUGUG